AUGUCAUCGCAGGAUGACCCAGCAGCGCUGAAUGCACUCAAGUACAUGCUUUUGUGCAAGGCCAUGUUGAAUACGCCCGAAGAUCUAACAUCACUUCUCUCUAUCAAGCUUGCGGUGAAAUAUGCUCAGCUCCACGAGAUCGAGAGCAAGGCCCUUCGGGAUUACAAACGUGAACUCUCGUCCGACCCUACUAUUGGCUUACAUCUUGCAGCGCUUUACGACGCCCUUCUCCAGUUGCUGCGUAUCAUUGAGCCGUACUCGACGGUAGAGAUUGACUACGUUGCCAAGCAGGUCGGGCAAGGACGGCAGGACGCUGAGGCCAAGCUAUCUCAGAUGAUCUUGGACAAGGCGUUCCACGGCGUGCUGGAUCAGGGACAAGGAUGCCUGAUCGUAUUCGAUGAGCUAGAAGCUGGCAACGCGUACGGUGCAGCAUUUGGGACCCUGGAACAAGUUAGCAAGGUCGUAGACUCAUUGUAUGCCAAAGAUUGCAUAAAUGUAGUUGUUUAAAUUUUCUCCUUCCUACGCGCGAAAUUCAACAUGAUAUGUAUAAUUAAGAGGAAGGAACGGCCGCACUAUCAAUGGUAUUGAAUGGAAGAAUGACUAGAUACAAGCUAGAUAGCAUCUAGAUGGUCAAAAAUUAAAGCAAGCGUGCGAAGUUGGCAUAAGGAGCAAGACAUGAUAAGAUGGAGCCUGCGUUUACGUUGCAGGAACGAUCAAGAAAGAGGGAGAGAAGGUGCACAAGCGAAUGAUGGCUAGAGCUGGGCUUGCAUGCACAGGAACCAUCUUAUUAUUUUCGUGUCCAACUUGGCUUUCUCCCGCUCUUGGUAUGAGCUACCUGGCUAUCAGUACUUACUGAAGCGAGAUGAGCCUGCAUUGCAUGCUUUUCGUAAUCUGAAAAACCGCAAGGACACAGAAAUUUG